AUGAAUAAAAUUACAAGUCUAUCCCAAAUAAAGCUGGAGACCUACAAAGACGCCAAUUUAUUAAAUUCUUCUGCUCAUCCAAUUACAGUUCAUUCCCAAGUGCGUGAAAGGAGUCAAGCAAUGCUUAGUUUUUGGAAUAAUCUCUGGAAUCCACCAAAGAUCGAAAAGUAUUCGAUAGAAAACUUAAAGCGCCUAAGUGCAUUGCUCCUGGAACACUCGAGACGCGGAAAUGACGAUGAUUAUCUGUUAUCAAAUAAUUACAUAAAUCAAAUGAUAUGUCACAAGUUUGAUUUUUCCAAUGAAGAAAUCCUGGCUUACUUCAUCUAUCUUUUGCGAACCCUCUCCUUUAAACUUGAUACAAAUACUUUAUAUUUCUUUUUCAAUGAGAACAUCGAUGAUUUUCCCUUGUAUUCGGAAGCCAUUAAAUUCUUUAAUUCCGACGAGAGUAUGAUUAGAGCUGCUGUUCGUACCAUUACGUUAAAUAUCUUUGCGGUGAACGAUGACCAGAUGCAGGAUUUCAUCUUGGACAAAAAGGCCGCACCAUAUUUUUCGAAUUUGGUUUACUUCAUUGCUAACCACGCGUCGAUCCUAAACGAUAUAAGUAAUUCUUCCACAUAUUACAAGCAAUAUUCUCGAUUUAAUUAUUACAUGGCCGAACACUGCGAUAAUUUCUACUAUAUAAAUGAUAUCAUCAACCUUGAUAUUGAGAAAAUGAAUCAAACAUUGACGGCUCAUCUGAUGGAUCUAUUGGUACAACCUAUUUACGCGGAUAGUUUGGUUAAAGAAAGUUUACUACCUUCAAAACAAAAAGUAAGAAUUAACUCUGUGGUCGCGCUCGCUCUUCUUUGUCACGUACUACACAUCUUUCGUCACACUCCGCUGGUCACAUCGAUGGUCGCCAUGUUAUUCGCGAAUUCUCCGAGUAUGAUGGAUUAUUCACAUUCGCCACCUACGAGGUUCGAGUAUUCCGGUACCUGGUUUAGAAGAAAUCUCUACAGAGAGGCUAUUAUGGGAUUCCUUGUACCGUCAAGACCAGACGACUCUGAUUAUUACGAUCUAAACACUCUUCCCGCCUUAUGUUUGCUAUAUAUGUCAUGUCGAAAUAAUGCAAUAGCACCUGACGUUCUGAUUGCCACGGAUGUGUAUCCACAAAAAUUGUUGAAGACGCGUCGAUUAAUGAUGCAGGAUACCUUCGUAAGCGAUUCAGAGGACGAUGCACCGCCUUCGUUUGACGAGAGACGUUCAUUUGACACCGAGUCAACAGCGUCGACACCGUCACAAGCCAAGCCCAUAUAUCCAGGUGUUAUUGAUCCCCAGCUUCCUAGUUCAAGCUACAAAUCCGUCCGCGGACUAUUUAUUAACGAAGAAGACGGGGAGUCUCAAUAUGGGUCACUUCCUAUGCCCACCAUAAAAAUAUCUAACGAUGAUUAUAAUCAUUAUGGAUCUCAGAACACACGUAACUACCGUGGUGAAUUGAUUAAAACGAUUUUAACAUUACUGUGUAAAUAUUAUCACCUUUGCCGACCGAUGACACUUCAGAUGGCCACUGAGGUCUUGUUGGAGAUGCUCUAUUACAAUGGAUCUGGAGAGUGUUUAACAGACGAUCAGAUUGAAAUGAUGAAUAAAGCCGAACGAGAUUUGCAGGAUCGAAUAAGAAGAUUUUUAUCGAAUGGUCAGGAUUUUCCAUUAGAAGAAAGUGAGAAGGCUGUGUCCGACGCGAUGUUUGGUGGUGAUAAAUAUGUCGCGGAAAUCAUUAUGAGUGCCAAAUUGUUGCUUCCACCGCCGGUCGUGAUGGACCCGGAAAAGAGGAGUGAUGCCAAUAUCGAACCCGACAUGUUUAAAUGUAUAAAGACGCUAUACCUCAUCCGUAAAACCCGAAUGUUACUUUCUAGACGAGCGUCAACGGAGGUGUCCAACUUCGACAACGAUCGUCAGGAAGCAAACCUUGGCAUGGACAUGGAACAGGAGUUGGUGUAUCAGAAAUGUGUUGACAACGACAAGAAAUCAGGUGUUAGACAGAAAUCCAUAUUGGACGGAGAACAAUUUAGACAGCAACAGCAAAUAGAAAACAUCAGAAAUAAAUUAAACACGAACACACAAGCGAUCCCAAAGAAUCCCGAGGAUUUGGAAAAGCGAAAAAGGAUGGUGUUUGAUACACUUGGAAUUCAAUUAUAG